CCGGCGCCCGGCGGUAGCGCUCUUUUCGUCUCCAGUUCCCAGGUGAGGAGAGGAAGAGCGGGACGCAGCUGGCCGGCCGACUCGCGACUAGGACGUUGAAGGACUUUAAUGAAACUUAAACGGUUCAACAAAAGAUGCUCUAAUGGAUGACAGCGAAACUCCUACAUAUAAUCUGCAGAUAGAACCACAAGAUGGAUGUCAUCCUGGUGAUGGCGUGGAAAGUAUUGUAACAUGCUUGCCCUCUGCAUCAGAUGAAAAUGAAAAUCAGCUUGAUGGGGAUGGGGAUGGGCAUGGGCAUGAGCCUCUGACCAGCAGUGACAGUGCAAUGGGCAAACUUGAAGUGUUUGAGCCGGACAGUCUCAACAAUAAUGAAAGCUGCACAUCAAGCUGUGAGGUGGCUGCAAGUGAGAACUUGGAAAACACUGCUUGUGAAGGCCCCAAAGAUGGACAGGCCUUCUUGAGAAAGGACCAAAAAAUACCUGGAAAAAGAAGUUCAAGAAGCAAAAAAGGCACUGUUAAGAAGAUACCACAAGGACUUUCUUCAGGAGAUACCACACCCUUUAUGCAAGAAAAUAUAUUACAUGCAGCCAUACAUGCUGUUAGUGAUGAAGAGUCUGCAGAAGUAAAUGCUAAUGAUCAACUAGAAGCCCCGAAGCUGGUUCUGCAAUCUCUGUUCUCACUUAUACGGGGUGAAGUUGAGCAGUUGGAUUCAAGAGCACUUCCCCUUUGCCUUCAUCAGAUAGCAGAGUCCUAUUUCCAGGAGGAGGACUAUGAGAAAGCAAUGAAAUUCAUUCAGCUGGAACGACUGUAUCAUGAGCAAUUGCUCGCAAAUCUUUCUGCCAUUCAAGAACAGUGGGAAACAAAAUGGAAAACUGUACAACCACAUACAGUUACAUCUUUGAGGAAUUCAGAAAAAGGAUUUAAUGGUGAGGAUUUUGAACGGCUUGCUAAAUUUUGUACAACACAUCAAGAUCCUCUUUUAUCCAAACAUAAGAUGGCAGCUGUACAGAAGUCCCCGGGAAGGAAAUGCUUUACGCAGUUAAUAGUAUCUGAAGAUCCAAAGGAAAGAGGAGCUACAGCCAAAGAGCCGGAGAGUGAAACUUGUCUUGGCAUGGAAUCAGGAAAAGAAAGCCACCGUAAAAAAGAGACCCGGGAGAGCAGUCCCUGCUGUAAUCAGAUGGACAGGCAGGCAGAUCCCCUGAGCCUUCCGGUAACUGCAGGGAAGGGCCACACGGAGGAGCCGCCCUGCAGCGCUGAAGCCACACUGGAGCUCCACGCCCUGCCCUUGGAGUCGGCAGGGAGCAGGUCUGAGCUACACUCUACAGGGAAUGCUUGUGAGGAUGACAGCCGCUUGCAGCUGACUCCGUCAGAGGCCAACCAAGAUGUGGCCGAAAUAGAGGGCAUUGCUAAGGAUCCUAAGGUUUCCAGCGAGUCAGUGAUAGAGCCACUGAUUUUACCAGGCUCUGACCAUAUACCUCCUGCGUUGAUUUCUGAGGGUAAAUACUCACAGACGCAAAGAAAAGAACUCCAGUUGCUACUUCAGGAUGCUUCUGAGGCGUUGCCCACAGACCAACUUGAGAACAAUGAAUUAAAUGAGCUGCAGCAACCUGAUCUUACAGACAGUGAUGGAAAAUCACCACAGGGGCAGACUGACUCAGAGGGCUCUGAGAGUGUACUUUGUGAAAAUAAUCAAGUAUCUGAUUUAAGUACAGUGCUUCCAGAGGUGUAUAUGGCCCCAGAGGAACAGGGAGAUAAACACGAACAAGUCAGUAAGGAAACAGAAGACUAUUUGAACAGUCUUUUAGAAGGAUGCUUAAAAGAUACUGAAGAUUCCCUUUCAUAUGAAGAUAACCAAGAGGAAGACCCUGAUCUCCUUCAAGAUCUUUCUCCUGAAGAAGAAUCCUAUAGUCUACAGGAGAACCUGCCUUCUGAUGAAAGCUGUCUUUCUCUCGAUGAUCUUGCAAAAAGGAUAGAGAUUGCAGAGGUUGUUCAUGCUGAAGGAUUGGUCUCUAUAUUAAAGAAGAGGAACGAUACUGUAGGAGAUCAUCCUGCCCAGAUGCAACAGAAACCAUCUAAGCGAAGAGUGAGAUUCCAAGAAAUAGACGACAGCUUAGAUCAAGAUGAAGUUGGAGGUGGUUCCUGUAUUUUACUGGUCUUGCUGUGCAUAGUGACGGUUUUCCUCAGUGUGGGAGGAACUGCAUUAUACUGCACUUUUGGUGACACGGAGUCACCUGUUUGUACAGACUUUGCAGACAACGUGGACUUCUAUUACACUAAGUUACUGCAGGGAAUGGCAGGACUUAAACACUGGAUCUACCUCUCCUAGCAGCAUUCAAGAGGGACAGGCAUGCUGGCCGUGAGAAUCAAAGAGUGAAACUUUCUAAAUAGCUUUUAUUUCAAGAGUUCUGUAACAUGCGCCUCCCUUCCCCAGUGAGGAACCACAAACAUCAGAAACAGCAACUUUAACUGGCAAUACAGAGGAACUCAGAAUAAUCCACAUAAUGGUACAGAUAUUGAUCUGAGCACUGUGGAUGGAAGGAAUGGUCUUUGGAGAGCAUGUCCACCUCCUCCUCGCUGCUUCCUAGUGUAAUGAGCUACAGAAUUAAACAGGGCAGUGUUGGAGCCAAACCAUUUUGGGCUACCUUGUCAGGCUAAUGGCUAAGGACACUUGUGGUUUAUAACCGUUUAUCCAAAGACAUUGCUUCCAGCCAUCACGCAAUAAGUUUGUGUGUAAUGAAAAAGAGUUACCUUACAGUUUCAAUGUCUUUUUUUAGUUCACCUUGGGAGCUAUGUAAUUUAGGCUUUGUGCACUCUCCAGAUUUCCAUUUGUGAAAUGAUUAUGUUUAUGUGUGUAUGUGUAUUUCAGACAGUUAUCAUAAGCAAAAACCCAACGUAGAAUAACAAAGAUUAUUCUUUCAACAUGACUAUAGAUGUGCAGCCACAAAACUUUCAAGAAGGCUUAACUGUGGAACAAAUGAACUGUACAAAUCUUGGCCCUGAAUUAAGAAACUGUGACAGAUCUGUGACAGUUAACUUGAUUAACUAGCCAGAAAUUAAUCACCGGCCUAGAGGUAAAAUUAAAGAGCACCCUCUGAGUGUCAGGCAACCAGUUUCAUCGUGGAUUCAGUGCUUCCUGAUAUAAUAAAUGCUGGAUUCAUCUCAAUUCAGUAAGUACUUAUUGAGCCCCUAUUAUGUUCUGAGAAUCUAAGAACCCUUCUAUAAAGAUAAAUAAGGUAUUAGUUCC